UGGCCUCCGCCUCGGCGCGCGCCUCGGAGCUGUCCGCGCCCCGGUGCUGCAGCGCCCGCCGCUCCGCUCGGCUCCGCUCGGCUCCGCUCGCCGCCAGCCCGGCCCCGCCAUGGGCUCUAGGGCGGCGCGGCCCCGCUGAGCCCCGGCAGCCCGGACACCCCGAGCCCGGACCAGCAGCACCCCGGCUCCUCGAGGACCCCCUGCUCCAGCGUCCCGGCAGCUUCUCUGCACAGCAUCCCGGUCCCGGGACCUCGGUGAUCCAGCAUCUCAGGAGCUCACCUCCACAGCAUCCCGGAUUCCCAGGAACUCGCUCUGCCAUAACUCCAUACCCCGGCUUCCCGGCACCUGUUCUCGCCCGGCACCCGGCCUUCCCGACUCCCCGGGACCGUGACCAUGGCGUUCAUGGUGAAGAGCAUGGUGGGGGGGCAGCUGAAGAACUUGACGGGUGGCCUUGGUGGUGAGGAGAAGAGCGAGAGUGAGAAGUCUCCAGCCGAGGCACAAGGCAUGACCCGCGAGGAGUACGAGGAAUAUCAGAGGCAGCUGGUGGAGGAGAAAAUGGAGAGAGAUGCUCAGUUUGCCCAGCGCAAAGCAGAGAGAGCCACAGUCAGGUCUCACUUCCGAGAAAAGUACAGGCUCCCAAAGAAUGAAACGGAUGACAAUCAGAUCCAGCUGGUGGGAGGUGACGUGGAGCUGCCCAAAGAGCUGGCCAAGAUGAUCGAGCAGGACAACGAAGAGGAGGAAGAGAAGAACUCAGUUAUCGGCCAGCUCAGCAACAUCCAGAACCUGGACCUUGAUUCCUUGAAAGACAAAGCUUCAGCCACACUAGAGGACCUGAAGCAAUCGGCUGAGAAAUGCACCGUGAUGUGACCUGGCUGAACCCCCUUCCCCGUCAGCGUGACGGUGGGGGAGAAGGGAGGGGAUGCAGCCGAGGGUCUGGCGGUGGCUGUUGCCUGCAGCGGGGACCCCACUGAUGUUGUCACCCUUGCCUUGUGUGAGUCGGGUCCUCUUUCUGCGCCAUGUGAAGCCUCAAGUCCCUGACCCAGAUGUCCCUGAUGUGUGGUUUUUGUUUCGUUCUCUGGUCUGAGGUUUAGAGCAAAGAGCCAGCAUGUCCCCCCCGUACCCCAACGCCUCCUCCUGUGCCCGUGGCAGUGGGUGUCUGUAGCGAGUGCUGGGCAGGUUGCAGGGAAGGAACGCGCUAAGUGACCUUGGAGUGUUAUUGAACCACGUCAGCGUGGGAAGGCAAAGGCUUUCCAGCAGAGCGGUGGCCAUACGCUGUGUCUCUGCCUCCACAUUUCCACCGAGCCUCCUAGAAAUGACAGGGAGCCUCCAAUCUGCUCUGCAAGGACGAGAAACAAUGAGAAUCCCACCCCCCACCCCCGUGCUGCAUCCCAUACCCAUCAGACGAGAAAUAACAUCCCGUCCAUGCAAGAAAUACCAAGCACUUUGCCCUUGAGGCCCCCUCUAGGAGUCAGCUGGGAAGGACCUGCUACAUGAUCCCAUUUAGCCCGGCGGGAAGGAGGGUGUUGAGGAUGAGAGGGAUAAAGCCAUUAUGCUUCCAUUAAUGCCAGAGAGGAAUAAAACCUCUCCCCGGUGCAUCAUCCCUCUCCCAGGGUGGGACCCACUCAUGUCCUUGUUCCUUCCAGGAGAAGAACAAAGUGAUAAUAAGGGGAAAAACUCUCCUCCUCUGUCGUGCUGUAGUUGUGCGCUGUGCCCUGUUGAGUGUCUCUCCUCCUCCUAUGCUGUCCCCGUGCCACGGUACUGUUAUAACCGGUGGAAUAAAUACCAGGAGAUGUCUAUGCAUUUCUU